CAGGAGACCCGCAUUAAUUUUUUUUCUUCUCUGGUUGGCACCCCCAUCCCUGCCACCCUGGCGCCUGCGCAGAGAAUUUAUUUCGCUCGACUUCCCCAGACACCUUUCUUCCUUCUCUCUCCUACUCCCCCAAACUCUCCCCUCAGUCCUUUCUUUGUUUUUGGAAAAGACCACCAUCCUUCAUCAUGUCUACCGAAGAGAAGCCCAAGGUUUUGGGCAUGCCCCCUUUCGUCGCUGAUUUCCUCAUGGGAGGUGUCUCCGCCGCUGUCUCCAAGACUGCUGCUGCCCCCAUCGAGCGUGUCAAGCUCCUCAUCCAGAACCAGGAUGAGAUGAUCAAGUCUGGUCGUCUUGACCGCCGCUACGCCGGCAUUGGUGACUGCUUCCGCCGCACCAUGGCUGACGAGGGUGUCAUGUCCCUGUGGCGUGGCAACACCGCUAACGUUAUCCGUUACUUCCCUACCCAGGCCCUGAACUUCGCUUUCCGUGACAAGUUCAAGAAGAUGUUCGGCUUCAAGAAGGACCGUGACGGUUACGCCAUGUGGAUGCUUGGUAACCUUGCCUCCGGUGGUGCUGCUGGUGCCACUUCCAUGUUGUUCGUCUACUCUCUUGACUACGCCCGUACUCGUCUUGCCAACGAUGCCAAGAACGCCAAGUCCGGUGGUGAGCGUCAGUUCAACGGUCUCAUUGACGUCUACCGCAAGACCCUCGCCUCUGACGGUAUUGCCGGUCUCUACCGUGGUUUCAUGCCUUCCGUCGCUGGUAUCAUCGUCUACCGUGGUCUCUACUUCGGCAUGUACGACUCCCUCAAGCCCGUCCUCCUCACUGGUAACUUCGCCGACAACUUCCUUGCCUCUUUCAUGCUCGGCUGGGGUGUCACCACUGGUGCCGGUAUUGCUGCCUACCCUCUCGACACCAUCCGUCGUCGCAUGAUGAUGACCUCUGGUGAGGCUGUCAAGUACAAGAACUCCUUCGACGCUGCCCGCCAGAUCAUUGCCAAGAACGGUGUUAAGUCCCUCUUCAACGGUGCUGGUGCCAACAUUCUCCGUGGUGUCGCCGGUGCUGGUGUCUUGUCCAUCUACGACAAGCUCCAGGUCCUCAUGUUUGGCAAGGCCUUCUCUGGUGGCUCUGGUUAAAUACCAUGAACCCUCACAUUCCUGUAUAGAAUACGAUGGUGUAAUGGGGUUGGUGAGCGACUCAACAGAGCUUAAUAUAAUGCCUGUUGCGUUCACUUGCAAAAAUGGGGAGAUGGAAAGUUUUGAUGGCGAGGGAAGUUGAAAAGCAGGCUUCGCUCAGCAGGCUCUGCGUACCAGCGCCUUUGCGAACUAGAUUGGUAUCGACAUGGCUGCCAUUUUCUAUGUCGUUGUAAUUUAUACACUUACGCAAUUUCCCUUGUUGUUAAUUGAAUGGAAACUUUGUUUCACCUU